CCUUACUUCGUGUCUCAGCCUCAGUCUAGUCUCAGGUAAGCACUAGCUACGCGACAUUGAUAUUAUGAAGAAAAUAUAGCAGCCACCAUGGGCUUCAUGCGUCGCAAACACAAAGCACAAGCAAACCAAGUAGAACCACACAAUACACCAUCAAGUGCCGACUCUCUCUAUUCGAUCUCUACGGCAGCAUCCACCGUUCACUCUCUAUCCACGGCCACAACACUCUAUAGCGACGAUUAUACAACAACCAACACCCUCAGCCUUUCCGGGACGACCUUUGUUGACGACAGCAACGUAUCCAUAGUAUCAUCGAGCCAGGAUGGGAGUCAAAGCUCCUUCUCAAGGAAACAGAAAGCGCGGCGCUCGCUCGCUAGAUACCAGUCCUACGCGGACAUCUCCGGUGUAGUUUCUCAAACUAAGGUUAAGGCAAGUGCGACGAAAAUGAAGGCGCAGAGCUCGGUUCUGAACCUUGAGCAUCAGAUGCGGGAGUAUGUCACGACUACAAGUGUGGAUAUGUAUGGAACUAUGCUGAGGAAGCUGGAUGAUGCUAUUACUUCUAUGGAUGAGGGAUUGUUUCGGGAUAAGGAGGACCUGGUCACGACAUAUGGCGAUAAGGUCGUGUAUACGAAGACCGGAACAGAGAAAGAGGUCAAACAGACAUCAAUAGGCCCGAGCUUCUUUUCCAAGCCCUACCUAUACAACAACUCACGGCUACCGGCUAAUCUUGCUCCGUUGCAAAUACCACCUCAAACAUACGCCCUCGUCCGUCUCGCAGCUCAGUACUCUAGCUCAGCCUACAGAAAGCCCGCCGAACCAACAUCCACCAGCAAUCCCUACGUGAGCGCCAACAUCCGCCAAGGCACAAAAGCAAUGGUAAUCAAGCCUCUUGCCUCAGACGACCUCCAAAGCAUCGUCCUCGCCAUCCGCGGAACCCAAAGCUUCCGCGACUGGGCUGUAAACAUGAAAACCCUCCCAACCUCCCCACGAGGCUUCCUCGACGACCCCUACAAUCUCUGCCACACAGGUUUCCUCGCCGCCGCGCAGAAAAUGAUCCCGCCCGUCGCGGCCUAUCUCCGCGAUCUGAUCGCCGAAGAUCCGAACCGAGCGUCCUAUUCGCUUGUCCUAACGGGCCAUUCCGCCGGCGGCGCAGUGGCCAGCCUGCUGUAUUGUCACUUGCUCGCGACGAGUAUACAUGUGUCGUCGGAAUUAAGGCACUUGGCUAGUUUCUUCGGCAGCAUUCACUGCGUUACAUUCGGCGCCCCGCCGGUAUCUGUUAGACCCUUGUUCCCGAGGAAGUCGGCUGCGGCUGCGAACUCCAUAUACUUGGCAUUUGUGAAUGAGGGCGACCCCGUGCCUAGGGCUGAGAAACCCUACGUCACCUCGUUGCUAAACCUGUACAUGUCGCCUGCGCCCUUCUCGUUCGGCACUAGCCGUGCAUACCCCUUUAUCACCAGGCAGAAUAAACCGAAUAUUUGGAACAUGCCGCCGGCUACUCUCUCCCCCGCGGGAAAUGUAGUCCUCUUGAGGAAGCAGGUCCAUGAUCAACUCUCCGGUAUGGACCCCAAUUCAGCCGAGAAAGAAAACGAGAUCGAAGCCUGCCUGGUUCCAAAUGAGAUUUUGAAGGAAGUCGUCUUCGGGGAUCCAAUAAAGCACAUGAUGGGGCUGUAUCUAGAUAGAAUUGACCACCUUGCCCGCAGAGUUCAACAGCAACCACUCCCGGCACCACCACCACCACCACAACUCUAUAACUAAUGCAUAAUCAAUACCAAAGUUGGACAAAGUUCGAUAUACAUUAAACAAUUAUAGGAAUUAUAGGUAUAUAUAACCCAAGUAUCCUAUUCCUUUCUAUACAUUCUUAAAAGCCCUCACUCACCUGAGUUGUCACUACCGACGAUUUCUUAACCAAGUUUCAUUUUAUCUCUACUACGGAGCAUGCGAUGAUCAGG